AUGUCACAGGACUCCAUCUCUGAUUCUGGGUCUUCGGACUCCGGCGUCAGUGACCUGAGGAGACGCAUGAGGGAUACCAGGCCUCGGCCUUGGUUGAACAACAGCGUUCUCCGAAGACGGUCAACAGCGACGUCUUCUUCUGGGCUCGAUGGCGGUGCGGAUGCCCCUGCACUGCCGGAGAGCACCACUGUGCCAAUUGUCUCGGACCUGCCGUCGUCCACAACUGUCUUGGGUUGUGGGCAGUCUAGGGACAACACCAAAAAAGAGCGAGAUUCGUCUCGUCUCUCCCGCGCCGCCGCGAAAGCCGCGACUUCGAUCAAGGCUCUAGCAAAGUGCGCGGGGUCCAAGAUCCCCCAAUGGGUGGGUCUUAAAGGUGUUUUGUCCCGAAGCUGCCCGCCUCCGCUUGACAGGGACGGCGUGCUAGGAAAGGGCAAGUCAACUGCCGCUUCUCCCACCCGCACAGGGGAGAAAACCUUUGCGUCCCGACUCCCGGUUCGCUUCAAGAGAUCGCUCGCUGGGCGACGGCCUGCUUCACAGCAGGUGCGACUCAGCCAGCCACAGCCUCUUGUUGCGUCAACUGGGGGAAAGGGCAAAGAGGCAGGCAAACGUGGGACUGGGGGAUUUUGGGGGGUCUUAGGACGGCACGCCGAACCGGACCAGAGUUGUUUCAAGCCGGAGCCAAUCAGGACUCAUCGUCGUGAGCACCAGCUCACUUCGAUCCUGAAGCACCAGGGCGAGCACUCUGGGAAGGGGAGGCCAGCAGCGCAGCCGACGACCCCGGCUUCUCAUGAUGGUGGGCGCAAGCCAGGUGUGGAGGAGAAGCCGGGGAAGAAGGUUGUUGUGCUGGAAAUCCCAACGUUCUCGACGCCAGCGCGCCACUGGCCCAGAGGUCUGAUAAAGGCUUGGGUCUGUGGAGGGUGCAGGAACGAGACUGGGUGUGUGUGUCCGGCGACCUCCCGACAUGCCGAUGGGCUCCGGCUCGGAGGCAGAGAGUGGGUGAAGGACCAGCUCCACAAAGGGUAUGACUACCUGGAGCUGUCUGGAGGCAUGCUUAGCGGCAUUGACCGACUCCCUAGCUGA